AACCUCCUCCUAAUUUCUAGACGCCCCUCUUUGUUCUCUUCCCCCGCGUUCUCAUUCGCCAAAAUCCGGUAAAAAGUUUUCAUUUUCGCGACAAAAUCUCACCUUCUCCUCGCAAAACCCUAACGCUAACCCUAACCCUAAACCUAGAUUCUGAUAGCUUUGCUGAAAUGGAGGAGGAGGAGAACAUCGGCCCCUUUCGCCGGACCUCGUCCCGGACACGGAAGAUGGCGGGAAAGAUGGCCGCCGCUCUCGCCAGCACCGACAAUCGAACUCAGGCGGCACUUGCACGUCUUGAGGCUUUAGAAAAUGACAAUGCUGGAGUUGAGGUAGUAGAUCUUAAUGACGAUGGUGAUGCUUCUCUGGAUGAUGAUGAUAUAGUGUUCACAAAGAAACAGUCGAAGAGUACAAAGCGCAAAACCAGACAGGCAAAAGCAUUGGAGAAUGCAAAGAAGGCACCUAGGACAUUCUUGGAGGUGUUACAUGAGGCAAAUCUGGAAUCUUUACCUCCACAUGUUCCUACUUAUUUGAGGGCAGCAGUGGGGCCACCAAGUGCUAACUCUCGUCGUCAUUUUUGCACUGUGUGUGGUUUUACCGCCAACUAUACAUGUGUGAAGUGUGGAAUGCGUUUCUGUUCAUGUCGUUGUCAGGUCAUUCAUGAUGAUACACGGUGUUUGAAGUUUGUAGCCUAGUCUCGUUUCUUCUGGACUUGGUUCAUAGACUCAGCGCAGGUCAGGAUUCCCUACAAUUAUGCUAGUUAACUGUCUGUAUACUGCUGUACCUUAUCCAAAGUGAUCAAAAUAUGUAGUGAGUCUUAUAUAACUUGAUGUAUGUUUUCUCUAUGGAGGAUAUUUUUGUCAGAGCAGUUUUUGCUUGGAAGAGUAUGUGUUAUCUUACCCUAACUUUGCACUUACCUCUUUUACCUUC